GUCAAGUAAUAAACAUCAGUGUCAGCGAAAAUAAAUAUUGGGGAUCUAUUUUUCUGAAAAAAAAAUAGUUGAAAAGUUCAUUUAUCUAAAAACUAAAAUAUUCGUAUUAAUUGUCAAAUAACCAAUGUUUAUGUGCUGUCAGACUUAAAAAGACACUGAUUAGUUACUCUUUUGAUGCGGUUUUACAAAUUAGGUUAACACAUCUCUUGAAAUCAAUAAUUUUGUUUGGACCUUCCUAUUUUUAAACAAACCCUUCAGAUAUCUAGGGCAACACACCCUUAAAAUGCGCUUAAUACCUGGUAAUAUAACUAAUUAAUGAAUUCGUGUGCCACACCACAAAGUAAAUGGUAUAUUAAAUGUACAUUGAAUAACUUGAUAUAAUGGUUCGUGUGAUCUCAGUGCAUCAUUUUGCCAGCCAAAAUGUGCAAACUGUGGAGCAGCCCACUGCCUGUACUGUAGCACCCCCAAACAGAUUGCUUUUAGCUUUAACAAGCAACUGUGUCGAAGUGAGAGAUUUAAGCAAUGAAUCAGAUGUGCUGUUUUCGUUUCCAACUGUAGACGAAGUCAUACAAAUAGUGCACUGCUUAAAUGGUGACUAUGUCGCUACUUUAGAGACAAAAUUCAAUCGUCAGAACAAAGAAACUAAUUUUGUAAGGGUUUAUAUUAAUUGGGAUAGUAUAGCAACACUACAGCAAUCGAAAAUGACUAGUAGCGGCAUUAGCCUAGGAUCCUCUGAGUGUGGUAUGGUUCAACCCAUGCGUGCUAGAAUCGCUGGACGUGUUACUCCGACAACUAACCAAUCCGAAUUGGGCAGUUUAGAGAUGAUCGAAAUUCCCAUUAAGAGAAAUCCGAAUCUUAUAGAAUGCUGUCAGAUUUCUGGUAAUCUGUUGAUAUUAGCGAAGAAAAUCAUAAACUUGUACGCAUUCCAAGUGAGGACCCACGAUAUUUCCAAAUUGAAGUUCAUCGACUUUGAAGAGUUACCCCUUAUGAUCGAAGUAUCGUUUAAUCCUACACAAGUAGCAUUGUGCGAGAAUUAUAUAGCAUGUAUCAACAGAGACAGCAUGCAUUUAUUUAAGAUUUCACAGUUUAACUCCAGGGAAUCCACCAAUGAAUCUAGUACAAAUAACGACAAUGAAUUUAAUUUUAUUUAUUCAGGUAGUGGGCCUAUAGACUACAAAAAAUUAUUGCGUGAUGAAAUGUUGAAUACAACCAAGGAAAAAAUAACGGUUAAUCUGCCAACGAUAGUGAAAGAGAACAGUAUGGUUCAUAAAAACAGCCCGUUUACGUUCAGUGACAAGGAGAUGGUAGCUACGAUUCGGUCUGCCACUACAGUAGAUAACAAAACGCAAAUUUAUACAAUCCAGAAUCUAAUACAACUCAAACUGGUUCCGAUUAUGAUAGAAAAUGCUCAAAGGCAAGUAGCGGAAGAAUUUAAGAGCAUGAUACUGAAACCGUUGUAUAUCGAUCAGAACCUGAACAAAUUGGCGGUCGAAUGUGAUAAUAGAUUCUUAAGGAGCGACUAUAGGAAAUGCUUAAAUAGCGUGGCCUGUGUCAUUGCUACUCAACAGGAAGGAUAUUUGUAUUACUUCGAUGAUAGAGAUCCAGGUGUUGACAAAGACAACUGCAUUGCGAUAUACCCCUUCACGGCACCCGUUUUCAAAUUGGUUAUGGAGGAUUACUUUUUGCAUGCACUGACUGAAACCGGUUUAGAAUCGUACACUCUGAGAAUCGGGCAUCAGUUGUGCCGCAACUUUGAAAUUGUGGAUAACGUGAAUUUGGCUUGUCCUCCGAUAAGUGAUUCCAUAUGUCUAGUGGGCUUAAGGCCGUUCCUCGGAGUGGAGCAACUGUUAAUAGCGGAAAACUAUUUAGUUUUGUUGGCUAAUUCAGAAACUUCACCUACUCACUCUGUCAGUUCAAACAGCAGUUCCAAUGCGUCGUUCUUCACGUUAUACAACUUGGAACUGCCCUCGCCUAAGACGGUCUUCAACGAUAUUUCUAUUGUGGCCAACGUGCAUCGCUUUACUUCCGCUUUGACGUAUUGUCAUUUGUUAAGCGAGGCCCACAUGGUGCUCCGCAUGGCGCUACUUCUGAAGAAGUGGACGAUGACCGACGAUAACGUUAAACUUAUAAUUCAAGCGAAACGUAAUAAUGAGGAUGUGAUAGAGACAUACAGGACAUCCUGCGCACUCCUAGGCGACCACUAUAUAAUGUGUUACAAUGAAGACGAGUACCGUCUGGCUAUUCCUUAUUAUAAAAUGGCAAGAGUAAUGCCUUUUGAAGUUCUGAAAAGGGUAAAAAAAGUUCAGGAACAGUCGAACAACCAGAAUACCAGGGGUUUGAUCUACUAUCUGAAGAAAACACUUUUGGAAAUGAAAUCCGGUAUGGACGUAGACAAGUUUUUCGGGUCGAGCUCAAAGCAGAAUUUUUCCGAUUCUAUUCUGGAUUUACUAGAGAAUCACGGGUACGAAGAUCUGCCGAACUUAAUACUGAAAAGCAAAAUAAUCCGGGAAUACUCGACAGACAAACUCAUCUGUAUUUUAACAGAGAAAAUCUCAGAUACGUUCUCCAAACCAGCAGAGAAAUAUCUGGCGUUGACGAUUUUGUGUAUUCAAAAGUGUAAUAUGAACAGCGCUCAGGAAUACCUGGAGAAAAUUACUAAAGACAGCUUGUGCAGUUUGCUGCUGGAAAAUUGCGAAUUGCUCUUCGAGACCACCUAUUCUCUGCAAAACAAGAACAAAGGUGUCACAACAUUUUCCGAACUAACCGUCUUGUUGAUAAGUGUUUGCCCCGAGCUCCUAUCGUUCCUCUUUGUCAGUCUCAUCAUGGACAAGAAAGUAAUUAACCUCAACAAAAUCAUAAAGGUCUUUUUGGAGUACUUGCCGUCGAGUAUAGGCAACGACAGCAACUUGGCAAGCCUGGUUUUGCAGAAAACUCUGGAAAUGUACUUCGAACAGUACUUCUCCAAGCCAGAAAACAUCGAUUUGACCAAAAUAAUCUACGAACGAGGCGCCAGUGAAGCCAUGAAGUUGUUGGUGCGAUCCUACCUUUCUCAGUUGCAGAUACUUCAGUUGAAAGAGCAGCAAAACCAGAAGGAAGGAAAAAAUGGCGAUUCGAAUAAGAAAACUGACAAGUUCCUGGAGGACGAAAACGACGACAUAGGAAAAGACAAAGAACAAGAAAAACUAGGUUACAAUCAGAUAAAUAAAACGUAUUUUGAGGAACAGAUCAAGAAACCUGUCGGAUCGUACUUGUUUUCAAAUUUCCGUUACGAGUAUCUGGACAGGAUGCCCCCCUUCCAAAUAGAGAUACUUUCGAAACUGUAUCAGGCCUGCAUCGAAAACUACCCCUUGAAGGAGGUUCAUCAGCCAAACGAAGAAGCAGAUUUGAUCCUGAAGAAGUUACAGGCCCUUUUAUGCAGCCAGGUGAUCCCGAAACAGGUUAUUGCCGAAGUAAACGGGUUUUUGUCCGUAAACGAGGGGUUGAGAGGGAACGAAAGUCUGCAGUCGAUCACUAUGGGGACCAACGAUGCCGUUUUGCUUUUGAUAGAUGCCUGUCCUCAGUGUCUACUACAGUUCGGAAAGGAUCGAUUUAGCAGAACAGACGAGUGGAAGUUCCUCGUAGCGACCGUUCAAAGAAGAAUCUUACGACUGUCUCAAAACGAACAGUUAAAGAGGGUGUGCUUCUUCCACAAAAAAAUUCUGAAAGACAUCUUGACCUACGUGGCUUCUUCCAUGACAUUAGACCAGCUCGUCCAAGUGUUCCCGCAACGGUUCAGCACCAGCAGCCAGGACACUCCCGGUAAAGAAAAUCCUAAUGACUACGUCACCCUCGAUACCGGCAAAAGCGAUACUAUCGACUACACAGAUAACGAUUUGGACAUCCUGAAGGAGAUACAGAACUACGAGCCCUACGUCAUCAUCUGCAAGGAAACCAUGCACGCCAACCAAAUAAACAAGCUUAUCACCACCACCGGGCAGCAACUUCUAUGCACUCUCAAUCUGUAAAGGACGGUGGAAGGGAUACUCUGCUUUGGCUGUGCGACUCCGUUUAGUAAGGAAAAAAUUUACUCAAUUUUAUAAAAGAGAAAUAUCAAGCGCCAUCUGUUAUUUUCUUUUGGCAUGUUAUAAUUCAUAUGAUAUACAGCAGAGUUUUCGACUUAUUUGAAGAAUAUUUCCAUUCUUUAUUAUACGAGUAAUAAGUGCGCACUUUGUGGGGAAGUACAGAUAAGUCGAAAACGCUGUGAACUUAUGCAAAAUUUAACUUAAUUUAUAUAAAAACAACAAAAACAUCGAGUGCGUCUGAAUUUAAAGAAUGAGUGUGAUUUUUUACUUACCGAAUGGUUUUUACUGUUGGACACAACGAAACUUCGUUUUCGUUUAUUAAAUUUUAAAGACGAAGGUGCUAGAUUUUUUAGAAAAAGGGGAUUUAGGAAAGGAAAUUGAUCUGUGAAGUAGUAGUUAGGUAUUUAUUUAUUUAUUUUGAUACACUAAUGAAACAUUUUUCGUUUAACGACCAAAGAUAUAGUGAAAAUCAAACAGACCCGUAUCCAUAUCAAAACGUAACAGAGUACGUAUGGUUUUUAGGUUUUCGUGCACAGUAUCUACCAAGAAGUCAUAUAGUCGCACAAAGCUUUUGGUGUGUUAAUUUAUUUGAUUAUAUAAAAUGUAUUUUUAGCGAUUUAUAUUGAAUAUAUAUUAGCAAGUUAUAGUUAGUAAAUUGUACAUUAUUUUUAGGAAAUAUUUGUUGUUUUCGCAAAAGCUUGUUAAGAGCUUCGUUACCUAUUUAUGCCCAAAACGUGUGACGUGUGAUAUCUAGGAGCUGAUUUGCUGAGUUGAGGUUGUGUUUUUGCCACCCAAAGUAAAAAAUUAUUCUAAUUUUAAGAUGAAGUUAUUUUAAUUUGUUUAAAUCUCCUGAACGUCUCCAAAUUUGCUUUUACGAACAUUUAGAUUUAGUUUUAAUUGUUUACAUUUUCUUCGAUUCACAGUUUUAAGACUUUUAGUAAAAAGAUAACCUUAAAUAUGUGCCAAUUUUAUGUUGUACGAUUGCCUUUGUUAGUAUUUUUUAAAUGUUAUGUUGGACAUGUUUUAAAUUACAUUCCCUUCUAGUCUGGCCAUGUAACUGAAAAAUUGUCUUAAUUUUAGCUCAAUUAUUUAUGGUUAGAAUCAGUAGAAUUCUAUAUAGUUCACAGCAUCUUUGUAAUUUUAUAUUUUUUUAAAUUUCAAUUAUGUGGUCUUGACCAUAAGUGAACUAAUUUAAAAUAUAUAUAUUGAUAGAUAUUUUUAUUAUAUU